AUGAAAUAUCGGAUUUUCAGAAAGUACAAUGAACACCUUCUCGGAUCAGUAAAAGUAUCAGAAAGUGCAAAAAAUCAGCCGAAAAGUGGAUCUCUUCUAUGCUGGGCAAUGACAACAUCUGUAUAUCAUAAGACACGGGUUCCUGCCAUUACGGAAACAUGGCUUCGUCGAUGCGAUGCUGGUCAUCUGUUCACUAAUUCCGACCGAUUUCUGAAUGCGUCAACACCAUAUCAUACUGUAUUCGAUGGAUUACCAGAGAGUUAUUAUAAAUUAUUCUGGAAAACUCGUCUAGCUCUUCUUUAUAUUUAUAAAUAUGUGUCAAAGGAAUUCGAUUGGUACUUCAAAGGAGACGAUGACACUUAUUUGAUUGUCGAAAAUCUUCAGAGAUAUCUGGCGACAUUGGAUCCAAAUAAGCCCUAUUUUAUCGGAUAUCGGUUGAGUAGACGGACGGAAACGGGAUACAAUGCGGGUGGAAGUGGAUACGUGAUGAGUCGAGAAGCAAUGCGGAUUUUCACAGAAAAACUAUUUAAUGACAAGGAGAAAUGCCCUUACCAUGAAUGGGAAGACUACGCAAUCGCUCAAUGUCUCGCCUCAAUGGGAAUUGUUCCAUUGGACAGUCGAGAUGAGAAAGGACGUCAAAGAUUCCUUCCCUGGAGACCUGAACAACAUUUCUAUGCGGAUCUUACUAGAUCAUUUCAAAUGGAUCCUAUCCAAAUAUGGGGACCUGCAAUAUAUCAUGAAAAUUUGAUAAGUAUGCAUCACUUGUAUCCAGAUGAAAUUCGUCUCAUCGAUGGAUUACUGUACUCAAUUGCACGUGGAGUUUGGAGAAAAGAUGACUUAGAAGACGUCAGAAAUGAAACAACUACAGUAUCCACGUCAAUGGAUGACACUCUUCCGCCUCCAACUAUCUAG